AUGUUACUUUUCAAUAGAACCCGUCGUCAUUAUCUGUCAUCAUACGAGAAGAGCCGGUUUUGUGCUACAUUACACGCUCCGUUGCCCGCGUUCUACCUCCUGUCGCUGACGCCACCGAAUCACAAACAUGCCCCCUUUAUAAAUGUGGGCCAUUCAGUCUUCCAUCCUCUCACUCAACUCUCCCUUUUCAUUUCUUCAGUUCCUGCCAUGCUAGGCGUCACUCGACCUCCCCAAAUCCCGAUAUCAUCUGAAGCACCGUCUGCACCGUCUGCAAAUUAUACACAUGACCAAGCUGUGCCUCGGGCACAGACGGGAGUUAGUGUGCUCGAUUCAUCGUCUCAGGGUACUUCCCUUCCGCUCAGCACCAGUUUCUCGACCGAGCUGCUGAUGCGACUAUUUCGUGUCACUUUGGCGUCCUUGCGGAAUGACGAGAAUUUGCCUUACUUUAUCAUGGCGCUGAGUCAUGUAUGUCGACGGUGGAGGUCCAUCGUUCUUACUUCCCCAGACCUGUGGACCGACGUCCGCAUGGUUCCCGGCCGAGUUAACCUGGCACAUAGAUUCUUCUUGCGCUCAGAGAACAUGCGCGUGGACAUAUCCAUCGCUACGUCGAGCACCGCGGACUUCUCUAUCGACGAAAUCAUCCAGAUAAAGGAACUUCUCCGCCUUCACGUCUUACGUGCCCAUAGCUGCAUAAUCCGCAUCCAAAGCGACAUGUUCGGUACUGAUGCCUCGACGGAAGACGACCCUCCCCGAUUUACCGUGAUUCCUGGGUACCGCGUAUUCCUUGACACAAUGUCCUCCAUGUUUCCCGACGGCAACUUUGCCAACCUCGUCCACUUUGAGCUGGAGACCUGCGACCCUGUCUUACUUGAUGGGUUAGUGCCACUCCUCGGACACUGUCCUGCCUUACAGGUUCUGACUCUACGUAAAAUACGGAUGACACCGUCCAGGAUGGACGAGGUAGCCUUGUCUUCGGUUUUGCCUGUUAAAUUGCCCAAGCUGCGGCAGUUGAAUGUUGUCGGUUGCAGCGUCUUCUAUACGGACUAUCUUCUCUGCAUGGUAUUCAUCCCUCCUUCCACUGCAGUUCAUCUGGAGUUCAGCGGUCGCUGCCUAAAGGCGCUGACCCAAUCAUCCUCUCUACAGUCUGUCUUAUCCACCAUUCAGGGUGCCACACUCCGUUUCAUCAAGAACACCGUCGAGCUGGACGCUCCCGGGGGCCACGUUCGGCAGGAAGCUUUGGUCCACUUGUAUUCCAACACCCGCGCCUUCUCGGCGCAAUGGCGCUGGGGGCUCGUCGCGCACGAGUUGACGGACGCGGGACACGUAGGAGAGCACAUAUUUGAGCUCCCUCGCCUCAAGCAAUUGUCGGUCUAUCUCCAAGACGUCGACGUCACCCGCGCUAUGUGGAGGCAGAUACUCGGCCGAAUUCCUCCCGAGAAUAAGCUGUCACUUGAUGUCCAUCCUAGUUUACAGGGCACCGUGAGAAGGGUUAUGAUUCCCAAUAUCGGCGUCCAACAACGUCUACCGGUAAAUUAUCCAGAACCAUGGUGGCAGAGGGUCAUAGACAUGAUCCUCGUCGUAAUAGGUUUCGCCCUGCUUUGGCUUCGUGCGUUGACGCUAUUAUUAUACAUCUAA